AUGUUCAAGGGGAACAAAGCCCAUCACUAUGCGCGCGAGCUUCAGAAUGCUCGCUUGCGUGGCAUUCCAUUCGUGCAUACGGGCACCGAGGCGGCCACGGGGUAUAGCACUGCGAUGAAGGAACUUAUUCGCAAGUUCAGCAAGCACAACCCAGCACAGUCCACCACCAGCCGCAUCGCUACGAUCGAGCAUGAGAUGCAGGCGAUCGUGCUUUCGUUCUUCCAGGAGGCGGGCUACCGCGAUGCAUCGCAUGCCAACGACUCCCCAGCCUCGGCCGUGUUCCCACCGGUCAUCGAGCCUUCCUCGUCGUACGCCCCUGGCAUCGAGACGCUGCUGCAGGAAUUGGAGCGCAUCGCGCCGACCACUGCACAGGCGACCAACAACGCCACAGCGUGUGUCUCGCUCUCAGCGCUGGGCUUGUUCAUGCUGGGCCGCGAUACGCAGGUCAUGGACUUGAUUCAGCAUACGCACUUGCUGGACAUGGACCCAGUCUCGACGCCCAUCGAUGAACACCAUGUCGCCGUGACGAUUAUGGGGGCAUGCUUGUUCGCUAUGGCGUGCGAGCGUGCUACGAUGAAUGGGACCGAGGACGCUUUGGGCGAUGCCCUGGAUGGCUACGAACGUGCGAUUGCGCUGCAUGAGCGCGUACGUGGAAGUGCCUCUGCGAAGGGCGCGCGCAUGAGCCCGUUUGUCGACGAAAUGGAGCGCUGGAUUGAGACGGCCUUGUACCGCGACGCCUUGCUGACCCUGCGUCUUCGUACGCCGAACGAAGGCGCCGCAGCGCUGCGUGCGUACCAAGCGCAUGAGGCGCGAUGGCCUGGCAAGUUUAGACUGACGCAGCGUAAUGUCCUCCGCAACUUGUACGCUAGCAUGCUGAACAGCGAGCGUGCUACAGCCACCUCGACAUCGACCCCGGCAGCGGCCGGCGCUGGUGCAGGCGCGGCCGUCGUCAGCGCCGCUACGGUCACGACCACGCCCACGUCGGCGUCCUUCGCACGAACCAAGUCGAAGCGAAGGCCGAAUGGCGAUGCGCCCGUGGACGCCGCCCCAUCGACCUGGUCUGCUCAGUUCGCUUCGAUGAAGGAGACAGUCACGCGUCUCUUGCAAUCGGCACCGGCGUUCCCCCAUGCCGAUGAGUCGAAUGCAAAUGCCGAGCGUCUCGCCGAGCAGCUGGUCGAGAGUUGGCGACUCGAUGGGACCCACAAUGCCACAGGCGCUGAUCAGGUCGUGGAGCUGCUGUACGGCCUAACACGCAUCACAUUCCGCUCCCAAACGAUUCUGCGCCUGCUUGUGUACAUGCUCGUGGCUGCCGAGGCGUAUGCCGAGGCUUGUACCCUCCUUCCUAAAUACAUGGCCCUGGUCGAGAGUACCUGGCAAGCCACCGGCGUGCCUGUGGCACGUGAUACCACAGCGCUGCGUGCGGUCGAUGGGCCGACCGAGUGGGUAACGACCGUGCUGUUGGGGGCGCAUACGAUGCUGCACUACCAGCAGCAGCCAGCAGAAGCGCUCCAGUUGCUCGAUCAGCUGCGUGCGGCUACGGGUGACGUCGGCGACGAGACUCGGAUGCGUGUAGAUGCUCCAAUGCUCGCACGGAUCCUCCGCAAUGCGGGCGAGGCGCGCUUGGCCAUGGUACGCACAGCGUCGCCGACACAGCGUCCUGUGUUCCUUCGUGACGCACACGACCUGCUGCAGCGGGCUGUGACGCUGGAUCAGGAUUCGUCAGAGGCUCACUAUGCGCUGGCGUACGCGCUAGCGCUUGAGCAGAAGAAAGACGAAGCGAUGGGCUACGCACGCCGCGCGCUUGAACUAGAGCCGUCUUUCAUUGAUGGCUGGCAUCUCAUUGUCCUCCUCCUGUCCGCCGACCGUGCGUACACCAAGGCGCGUGAUUUGGCCGCCGAAGCGCUGUCCCAGAUCGAGGCGGAUUACGAGGAGGGACACAACAUACCCGCGCAAGCUCGCGCACAGUUGCUUUCGUUCGAUUACCCACCGACGCGUCUCGAGCGCGCGUGUGCGUAUGUGCGUCUGCUGCUCACGCACAAUGCCCUGGUAGAGCUCACAGACGGCGCGCAGGCCGCGUUGGAUGACCAGCGCGACGUAUUUGCUGCGUUCCAGGCGCAGGUCGCGCCUCUCACUCUGGCGCCCACCGCACCCAACGACGUGGCAUUCCAGACGGCGCCGCGGUUCACGCAGCCGCCCCUCGCCGAGCUGGCCGAGUCGCCCACAGUCGCUCGGACCGCCUACCGCGCUCGCUUGGGCACACGUCUUCUCCAGACACUCUGGCUGCACAGCGCGGCCACAUUCCGUCGCACAGACGAUCUCGAGCAGGCCCGCAAUGCCAUUGCCGAGGCCGAGCAGCUCGACGGUCGUCGCGCCGACGUAUGGGUCCAACUGGCGCAAUGGUGUCUUGCCUCGGGCGGUCAAGCUGGCGCGGCUGUCACGUGUUUGUACAAGGCGCUGGCGUGUGAGACGGACCACGUCGCGGCGAGUGUGCUCUUGGCGCGUGUACUGCUGCAUCCUACAGAGGAGCUGCACUUGCGGGCCUCGCAUGCCGAGUCUAUUGCGGCGGUGGGCUCCGCGCCUGAUGGCGCAGAUUUGCUGACCAACCGCGUUUUGCUGGACGGGGAAGGACUCGCCUCGCCGAUCGAGGCAGAAGAGCAUGCGCGUGCUAUGAGCAGUCGCUCGCUGGGCUCCGCGAGUGGGACGGGCGAAUUAACGCCUGUGGCCCCCGUGUUCCAGUGGAAGACGGAUGCUACGCUUUCGUCGAUGGGCAUUGCGGAGGGCCUGCUACGUACAGCAACCAUGUUCCGUGGAUGGGACGUGCCAGAAGCCUGGCAUAUGCUGGCCCAGCUUGCGCAGCAGACAGGACGCACACACGAUGUGGAACGCCGCUCUCUUCUGGAGGCGCUGCGGUUGGAGUCGGCCCGUCCGAUCCGGCCAUGGCGCGAUGCGUUAGCGUGGCCGUAA